AUGUCAUACGUAUUUAUAAGAGCACUGUUGUUGAUAAGCAGCGUGUAUUCAUAUAUUGUACCAGAUUCUGUGUUUAAAUACAGGGUGAGUCCAUGUUACACACACCCUAAGUCAGAGGAACGAGUGGAGGCAAUAGAUGAGCGACUAUUGAGUAAUCUGAAGAAGAUAGGAAUAAAUGAGUUUAACGAGACGCAAAGAGAAGCAAUUCCGAAAAUAAUGGAGGAUUCCUCGAGAAAUAUAUGCAUAUUAUCUCAGACGGGUACGGGAAAGACAGUAUCGUACCUGGUUCCAAUAAUACAGUCACUACUAAGGUCAUCUGAAAAGCAGGCAAACACACUAAUAAUUGUGCCAAACAGCAUACUAAUAUAUCAAGUUCACGACGUGAUAAAGAACUUGGUCGAAGGAAUGCCGAUUAAGUCAAAGACCGUCGACGAUAUUGAAACGGGAGACCUUCCGCACGUAGUGGUGUCAUCGCCGCUGAAGCUGCUGAACAAGUUUAAAACAUAUAACCUCAACUACAAGGUUGACGCGUUCCAAAGGGUGAGAACCCUGGUCCUGGACGAGGUGGAUCAACUGUUAGUACACAAAGAGACAUUGCCACCAGUUUGUGAUAACGUACAUUUAACAUACACGCACAAGCAGCCACUGACGCAGAUUAGGAAGAAGACGAUUCUCUGCUCUAGCACGUUGUCAAGUGCCGGGAGGAGAAGCGACUCCAAGCUCGUAUCGCAGCUGUUUCAGAACUGCACAUACGUCAAGUCUGAAACACUCCACAAAAUACCGCCCAGCAUCUCAAUCAAUUUUGUACACUACAAAGAUGAAAGGGAAAGGUUUGACAAGUUGGUGGAAUAUUUGAACAACAACAAACACCGCACGCUCAUAUACUGUAACAACUCAACGGCAGUUGAGCGCUUGUAUUCUAAGCUGAUAAAGCACGGCAAGAAUGUACACAUUUUGAACAAGAAUGUUGAGCUUAUUGAGCAGAUUAUGAUAGCCACAAGUCAAGACAAGAAACUCGUGGUCGUAUCCACGGACUUAAGCAGCAGAGGAGUCGAUUUCAAGCAUUUUAAGUCAGUCGUGCACUAUGACUUCCCUACCAACGUAAUAAAGUUCAUACACAGGUAG